GUGUGUGAGCCGGUAAGUCGUGAAUGUGAUUCGUAAAGUUGUUAAUUUUGGGGACGACUACAAAUGAAUUUCAUAUUGAAAUCAUAUUAAGUAAGACAUGAGUUCCACGGGUUUAAACAAAGUGGAUUAUGAAAAUGAAAGUAAGACGCUCGAUAAACAGCAGAUUGAGGAGGAAGAAAAAGAAGUAAUGUUAAAGUCCGACGAUGUAGCCGAGGCGGUGUCCGAGUUGAAAAAUGAAGCCGAAGGUCCAGUGAAGUCUGCGCUUGCAGGAGACGUGACUGAGCAAGGCCGGGAAGUGAAGCCGAAGUACAUACCCAUCGGAGCUAUAAAAAUGCCCGGCUUUUUCACAAAAAAUUCUGAAAAGGUAAAGUCAAAGGAUGAAGAAGUUAUUGAAAAAGAAUCAGAAAUUCAAAAGCUCGAGGAAAGUACUAAACCCAAGACACACCGCUUACAGUUUUUGCAUUCAUGCCCUCUGACUAAGUUUUUACAUCAUCCACAACAUGAAAAUGAGGAUGCAAAGGCUGAACGAAAAGGAUUAUUUGUUCUGAAAUAUCCAAAACUUUUCCAAAAGAGAUCUGACAGUGCUGCUGAAGCUGCUCUUGCGUCUAUGGAAACACUUGAUGAAAAACUUGAUCCAGCAAAUGAUGGAAUGGAAAAUGUAAAGUUGGAACCAAUGGAAACUGAGGAAGGCAAGGUUGCUACCAAACUUCCACUUAAAGAAAGAAUUCGUCAGAAGAAAUUUAUUAUUGAUGACAUAGUGGUAUGUAUUGUGGCACUCUUGGUACUCUUGGUGACAAUUGUUGGCAUUGUGAUUGGCGCCUACGCUGGACCACCUCUUGAGAGGCCCUUGCGCCUCGGACGCUACAUCACCGCUUCUACAAGUUGUGGACCAGUUGAAGGGAUUUUGGAUGAAGGUGUUUAUAAGUUUUAUGGUGUUCCGUAUGCUGUACCACCAAUAGGUGAGAGAAGAUUUACGUAUGCUCAGCCCUUGAACAAUAUAUCACUGUGUUGGAAUGGAACACUCAAAACACAUGAACCAGGACCUCUAUGCCUACAAUUUUUAGAGAAUGGAACAAUAACUGGUGAAGAAGACUGCCUUACAUUGGACAUUGUUACUCCUCACGUGAGAUAUGAUUCCCCAUUGCCUGUUGUUGUUCUAAUAGGAGCUAAUACCUUUGCUGGUGGAAUAAGCCCUGCUCAGCCUUCUGCUCUGUAUGCACGCACUAAGGAAGUUAUAUUUGUUCGGCCAAAUUUUAGACUUGGGCCUUUUGGUUUCUUGGCCCUUGAUAUUAUUUCUAAUUCAAAAUACCCUCCUACGUCAGGAAACUACGCAUUAAGUGAUUUAUUAGUUUCCUUACAGUGGAUUAGCUUAAACAUUGACAAUUUUGGCGGGGAUCCCAAAUCGGUAACAUUAUUAGGACAUAGAGCUGGUGCCACUUUAACAGCUGCUUUAACCACUUCAAAUCAAGCACAGAAAUUGUACUCAAGAAUCUGGCUUUCAUCACCGUCUGUUAUAUUUCCGGGAGACCCACUAGACCAGUCGCAAAAAGAUAACGAACAGUUCAAACACCUUAGUAAAUGCAAAGAUGCUGAAUGCCUGCGACGGGUGUCUACAACUGAAUUAUUGUCUUAUACGCCAGAUACCUGGUUAGGAGAUAAUAGCGGGACUAUGCCUGUUUCCGAUGAAACACAACGCUCUUGGCUGGUAUUAGAUGGUGAUUUGUUAAGAUUACAUGCUUACGAAAGCUGGGAUCUUCAGAAGGAAGCGAAAAAAUCUGGAAAAGAGAAAGUUUUUAAACCUAUGGUAUUUGGAACUACACAACAUUCUAGUCAUUCUGAUUUGCUCAAAAUGAAACAUUUAAACUGGACAUCGGAAAUGGUCGAAAAAAUCGUUAAUGAAAGCAUAAUUGGUGAAAAAAAUAUAACUGCCUCUGUGUUUUCACAUUUCAACAAAACAUAUGAAGGUCUAGUUGAGUUAAUUUCGGCAAUUCGUACUUUGUGCCCGUUAGUGAGCCUGGCGCGUUUACGAUUGAGCGUACCGAUGUACGUGGUGUUAGGAUCGGGUGCCGGAGGAGGUGCGGGCGGUUCGGGAUUAGCUGAUGUUAAUUCCGAUGUAGAAGCUAUACUUGGCACAUUUGAAUCUGAAAUGCCAGAACAGCGCCGUUUUAUGGCAGCCAUGCAGCAACUCUUCUAUUAUUAUAUAUGGAAUGGAGUGUUGCCGGGACCUGAAACGGGAUUAAUAGCGGUAGGACAAGAUUUGCUUCCCCUACAUGGCCUACCUGUUUGUGAUUUGCUUAUUCGCGAAGACAUAGUGCCAAGAUAUGCACAUGUUGAUUAAAAAAUAUUUACGCACCAAAUUCUCGUUAGUCACGAAUUUGCUGAGAUUUUGUUAUUGUGUAACUUUUAGCUUAGUUCUUAUCGUCUCACAAUUUAGCGAUGUGUGUAAUAAGUUUUCAGUAUGUAAUGCACGUGUUAAUAGAUGAAAUAAAACCCCUUAGUGAACAAUGUUGAAGAAAAAUAUUUAUAAUGAAAUAUAAUUCCAAAGUACAAUGUAUAUUCACACGUUAACGUUUUGACUUCCGAUUAUUAUGAUAAUGUAAGUAGUAAAUACUAAAUAACGUUAACCAUAGAAUAAAUUAUUGAUAAUACAUUGUUAAGGAUAAGUUAAGACUGAUAAAAUUCCAAUGAAAAAAACUAUUGAUCUCUCACGAAUCUGGCGGCCGUUUAGUAAUUUUUGGGCAGCAGUUACCUUAAUUUUAUUUUUUUUGUAUGUAAACGCGUAAAUACUUUUAAGUCAAUGUCUCAAUUUAGGUCUCAACGCAUUUGUCUACUGAAGUUAAUAGCAUAAUCUAGCUGUAAGAACUUUAAUAGUGCAGAAUAUACAAGCUUUUAUUGUAUUAUAUCAGUAGGAACAGUUGAAGUGUAUUGUGUCCAAUUCAUUAAAAUUAUUUCAGCCAUAAUAUGUUUACAGUGUCAUAUUACAAAAGCUUAAUAUAGCUCUAAAUUUAUAUCAUCCAACGAGCGACAUACUCAGAAAGUGCAUAAAAUAUGUUCCAUUAGAGAUAAACGUUGAAAUUUAAAUACUUCCAAAUCGGAAUGACGAAUAUGAUCGAAUAUGAAUAUUUAGUAAAUUUUUAAAGACUAUUUCGAUUACUUCGUUGGGUAUAGUAAUUUUCAUAACUAUCGUUGCAGAUUUUUUUUGAUAUGGGUUAAUUUUUCAAGUGGGUGUGGAAGGCCGAAUCACAAAUUAAGUACAUAAUAUAAUAACUAAUAGCGAAGAUUUGUCCAAAAGUCAUAGGUCCGAUUUUAUUAAAAUCUGAAACUACGUCGUAUGAUUCAGUCAUUUAAAAUCAACUGGGUUAUGAUACUUAUUAACCAAACUCAUUCGAUUUUUGAUCAGGAAAUGUUUUUAAAAAAAUACAAUGAUUUCGGGAAUAACUUUUCGCUAAACGCUUUUCGUCACCCAAACCCAUUUGAAAAAUCAUUUGUAUGUUAAAAUCUCUUAAAACAAGUCCCAUAAAAAUGUGUUGGGAGCACAUUAUAUCAGUAUUUUGGGUGUGUUUUGAUGACUUUUUUAUGUACAACAUUUUUUAGACUUUUUUUUAUCGAUUUAGAUCUCACAUGAGUUUUAAUAUUUUUUGAAAUUUAGACGCCUGGGACCCUAUUUGUUCCAUUAUGAAUACUUACAAUAUUUUUCUUGCCUUACGAAUCUACAUUUUACUUUUGGAUUCCUAUGUUAGAUAAUUUCGAAAUAUCAUCGCUCUCUUGUUUAAUUAAUGCUUUUAACAUAUUCAAGGUGUAAGAAAUAGUUAUUAUUUUCCCAUAAAUUUUCCUGCUCUUUUAGAAAGCAUUUGUGAUUAUUAAAGUCUGAUUUAUCCAAAGAAAGCAAUCACGCCAUUUUAGUUUAAGAUGUUUGUGUAUUUUUAUGUCUGACACUCACCUUUAGCGAAUAAGUUGUGGAAAUUAUAUUCCUAUUUUGCCAAAACGCUUUAUGUGAUUUAAGUUAUUGCACUAGUGAAUAGUACGUAUACAAUUUUUGCAUAAUUUUGUAAAUUGAAUAAAAUAAAUUGGUGUAAAAAAAUUAA